CUGCCCUACACCACCCCCACAGCAAGGACGAUAUAAGAGCAGAUGGCGCCAGGAGCCGAACAGCGCCCCCGCCACCGCGUCUCCUUGCUGCUUUUGUGCUCUCCCGCUCGCCAUGGCCAGCCUUAAGGACCUGGAAGGGAAGUGGCGUCUGGUGGAAAGCCACGGGUUUGAGGACUACAUGAAGGAACUAGGAGUAGGGCUGGCUCUUAGGAAGAUGGGUGCCAUGGCCAAACCAGACUGCAUCAUUACCCUCGACGGCAACAACCUCACCGUCAAAACUGAGAGCACGGUGAAGACGACCGUGUUUUCUUGCACCUUGGGAGAGAAGUUUGAUGAAACCACAGCUGAUGGCAGGAAAACUGAGACGGUCUGCACCUUCACAGACGGUGCCCUGGUCCAGCACCAGAAGUGGGAAGGGAAAGAAAGCACGAUAACGAGAAAACUGAAGGACGGGAAGAUGGUGGUGGUAAGUGUUGAAGUGUUUAUCAUGCUGGCAUUCUGGCUUGCAGCCACUUGUCACAACCAUGAGAAGGAGACUUAGGAAGAAAGUAUUUGAGACGCGAUGUGAUUCCCAGGAUGUGGCUGGAGCAGUGUCUUCCUGGGCUGUGGCAGUGCUGUGAGAGCUGGCAGGCUAUCAAGCAGCCCUCUCCUGGUACAUAUGUUUUCCCCCGUUUAUCUAAAGGAAGGGCUAUUUGCCAAAACCACAUGAGUAAUUUAGGGAUCAUUUCCAGUGCUGUAGUCUCCAGGAUAGCAAACGUUCGUAUAAACAAAACAGCAGCUCUCAGGUUGUUUCCAGUCCAGAAAUCCUGAUGUGUGUUCUUUCUGUUAGCAAGGUCCGCCACAAGAUUUUAUAGGAUUCUGCCCAUAACACAGGCUCUGACACCAGCCUGAGUCUGUAUCUUUCUUCUUGCAGGAGUGCGUCAUGAACAAUGCCAUCUGUACUCGGGUCUAUGAGAAGGUACAAUGAGGACUGGCUAACUCGUCAUCCUGGACAGCAGUCAGCUGGCUGAGGGAAUAAGCUCAAUUCAAUGAGCAGGUCGUACAGAACCACACUGCUUCACUUCUUUGGUUUUAUUUUUCAUGACUUUUCAUCAUAGACACUUUACCCGAAACCCAUGUCAGACCGUUGGUUUACCCAGGAUCAUUCCUUUGGUUAGUAAAUAAAUGCGUUUGUGCUAA